CGGAGACAGCGAACUCACAGUUCCCAAGCCCUAGACAGAGAGAGACACACUCCGCUCCCUCCGUCGGUGACGAUCGGAUUAUUUCCCUUUUUGCGGCGAAAUGUCAGGACAAAGGGCCGAUUUCAGCGAGUUCCCUCAGCCCAAACUGCCUCCCCCUGCCGGUGCUCAGCCCGAACUGCCUCCCCUGCCGGUGCUCAGCCCGAACUGCCUCCCGCUGCCGGUGCUCAGCCGGAGCUGCCUCCGGCUGCCGGUGCUAAGCCCGAGCUGCCUUCCCCUGCCGGUGCUAAGCCCGAGCUGCCUUCCCCUGCCGCUGCUCAGCCCGAGCUGCCUCCUCCUGCCGCUCAGCCCGAGCUGCAUCCGGCUGCCGCUUCACCCAGAGUUGUUCUGGAUCGUCAUGCCUACAAGAACCGCCUACAAGAACUCGCUCACAAGUCCUCCCUCCCGACUCCGGCUUACAGCACUGUCAACGAGGGGCUUGGCCAUCUCCCAAGAUUCCGAGCUACGGUGGUAGUGGAUGGGAAGAGUUACACCUCCCCGCGCACCUUCCUCCAUCGAAAGGAAGCAGAACAAGAUGUUGCGAGGAUUGCUUAUGAGAUUCUACUGGAAAAAGUCAACAAUGAGCAGCUCCCUCCUGUUCAUGAGGAUUUAAUAUUUAGCAAAUCUAUAAUGAACGAAUUUGCAACAAAGAUGCACUUGGAAAUGCCUACUUACAUGACGCGGCAGUUAGAGGGGGAGACUCCAUUGUUUGAGUCUUCUUUGAUAUUCAACAGUGUUACUUACCCAGCUUGUGUCGGGAAAAACAAAAAGGAGGCCGAACAGUUGGCCGCGCGUGCAGCUAUCCAGUCACUUCGAGGCAAGUCAGAGUCAGAGGCAUUGCUCGCCCCAAUAAUUAAGUCAAAGGCUAGAGUUUAUGCAUCCCUGAAUGCAAAUGGCUCAAAUAAUAAUGCCGUGCCUGUGGUUGAGGCUGCUACUCAUAAUGGUGGGACUUCAAUGGGAAAAGACACAGAAGCUCUUCCUGAUGAUACCAUGCUCACAUUUGUUGCUCCACGGCAUCAAUUUACUGCCCUACCAGGAGAAACCAGUGUAGGACUUAACCUACCAAUUACCUUUGUUCCUGCAUCUUCUGACCAGCAAUGUGAUGGUCCUCCAAGUUCUUCCAGAAAGAGGCGAAAGAACAAGAAAAAGGCUAGCAAGAGAGCUCGCUUUGACGGGAUGGUGGCAGGUGAUGUUGAUCUGUUCAAUCAAGCUGCUGAAUGUUUGGUCGAUGUCCCAGUAAAGGUCAACCAUGUGAAGUACAACUUUUGUGAGGGUCGCACUGAAAUGUAGCACGAGCUGUUGUAUUAGCUAAUAAAUUCUUAAUGUGUGAAAUCUUACCAGAUCUGUGUAUAUGCCCUCUUGUAUGCAGAGUCUACAGCGUCCAGUUCUGUCUAGUUUGUAGGGUUAAUUUUUCUGAACUGGACGAGUCUGUUCUGUCAAACCUGAGACCUGCAGCAUGUAAAUUCUUGUUAUGAUCUAUUUGAUUCCGGAUUCUAACGGGCUGAUCUGGAAAAAA